AUGAAGUUCACUACUGUCCUUCUUGCACUCUCGUCUAUAGCCGCUACCAGCCUAGCAGCCAAGGUCUGCACGCCUAGCUUCGACUACUGCGCAGAUGAGCUUGUUAAAAAAGGAUUUACAGAAGCCGACCUCAAAGCCGUCCUCAACGGCACGGAAUUCGCAAACGACGACCUGAAGAAUAUUCUCUUUCACUGCAAGAAUCCCGGAGAUGUCGGACACCCGAAGCUAUGUCAGAGCGGGUGCCAGGACACAGCCCAAGAGGGAAGCAAAAACUGUUUAACUUGA